AUGUUGUUUCGCACGACUAUUCUUUGUUUGAUGUUUGGCAGGGUUUCAUUCAGCUAUGGGCUGGCUAAAGCUGCAGCCGAUUAUGCUCCUUCUGAAUGGGUUCAUCCGGGAGUGAUGAUAAGCCAGUCCCAGCUCGAUUUUAUUCGCGAAAAAGUGGCCAACCAUGAACAACCGUGGGAAGAUGCCUAUAACGCGCUGCUCAGUGAUGAGAACAUUGCAAAUCCCAAGAACCCUUCUCCGCCUGCUAUUAUUGAAUGUGGUUCCUACUCCAAUCCAGACGUUGGAUGUACGGCAGAACGAAACGACUCAAUUGCUGCGUAUGGCAAUGCGCUUGCAUGGGUAAUCAGUGGUGACAAUGAAUACGCCCAGCAAGCAAUCAAGAUUAUGGAUGCAUACUCCUCCACUGUGAAAGGGCAUAACAACACCAAUGCACCGCUUCAAUCUGGCUGGGUUGGAUCCGUCUGGGCUAGAACCGGAGAACUUAUCCGGUAUACCGAUGCAGGAUGGUCCCUUAAUAGCAUUAGUGAAUUCGAAUCCAUGCUGCGGAAUGUGUACAUGCCACUGACAGUCAAUGGAACCGACCACAAUGUCGCAAAUUGGGAGUUAGUCAUGACCGAAGCUGCGAUUUUUAUGGCAGUCUUCCUCGAAGACGCAGACUCCUACAACACCGCGAUGGAGUGGCACUUGAAACGCAUUCCCGCAACGGUUUACAUGACUAGUGAUGGUGAAUAUCCAGUCGCUGCCCGCGGACAAAGCUCAUCACCCGCUGCGAUCAUUGCGUGGUGGUUCAAUGAGACCACAUUCCAAGAAGAUGGUCAGGCGCAGGAAACAUGCCGUGAUCUCGAGCACACUGGAUAUUCUUUCGCUUCAAUGUCCCAUGUUGCUGAGACUUCACGCAUCCAGGGCAACGAUCUCUAUCAGACAGAUCUGGGAACGAGACUGAGAUACGGGCUGGAGUUCCACUCUCAAUUUGUCAACGGAGAGACAGUGCCAUCUUGGCUGUGUGGUGGGAAGUUGAGCCUAACAUUGGGUCCCAUCACUGAAGUUGGCUACAAUGCUUUAUCAUUCCGGAUGGGUAUUGAUAUGCCCCAGACUGGAAACUUGACGGCCAGACAGCGACCGGCUAAAGAUAACGGGUUGUUUGUGGCAUAUGAGACAUUGACACACGCAGAGAAUAACGCAUGA